AUGCCCUCCAUCCUCAGCGACGCCGACAAGGAAACCGUCAAGCGGAAUGUCCCCAAACCCGCGAACAAGAUCCUCGCCGUAGCUGUCGCGCGACUCUACGUCGCCUACCCGGAUCCACAGAAAUGGACAUAUACUGGAAUCCAAGGAGCUGUUGUCCUCUGCAAUGACUUGGUGGGAAGGACUUUUUGGCUUAAAAUAGUCGAUGUCUCGCCCGCUGGCAGGGGCGUGAUCUGGGACCAGGAGAUCUAUGACAACUUCGCUUACAAUCAGGACCGAACCUUCUUUCAUACAUUCGAGCUUGAAUCCUGUCCCGCCGGCCUGUCUUUUGUCGACGAGAAGGAGGCCAAGACCUUUAUUAAGAAGGUGCAGGAGCGCGAGAAACAUGCAAGCAAAGAGACAUCCAAGACUCCUUUCGCCUCUAGUAAAGGCCAGGGGCCUGCUCCUGUUACCAAUGGGAAAGUAGGACGGUCUUUGUUUGGCAGCUUGUUGCAUCGUUCGACCCCGGCCUCAAGUGCACCGCCGUCGACAGCACCUGCGCCUUCAAUACAAGUUGCUCCCCCACCCCCGACGCUGUCCCCAAGCGUACCACCAGCUAAGCCAGAUUUGCCAUUUGAUACGAGUGACCCCUCUUGGAAAGGUCUCCUGGAUGAGCUUAAGGGGAUGGGAAUUACUGAAGACCAAAUCGCCGAGAAUUCCGAAUUCAUCAAAGCUUGGAUUGACCAGAAGCAGGCGGCCGCGGCCGAGUCGGCUCCCAUUGAGGAACAGAACAAGCCGAAGGCUGCUCCCCCUCCCCCGCCACCUACUGCACCUCCCGCUCCGAAGGUAGCCUCGAUCAGUCCUCAAGACACGGGUUCCAGCUCGACAAGCAGACGGGGACCGCCGCCGCCGCCUCCGUCACGGAAAACACGUUCUGAAGCACCAGAAGAACCUGUUUCCCUCCCCCUCGUGAGCCAUCUCCGCCUGCGCGAAGAUUCAAUGCGCCACCUCCAUUUGCGGACGCAGGAAAAUUCGCUGAGCCAGCCGGCCCUGUAG